AUGGCUUCAGAAGAUAUUUGCCCGGAAAAACGUCAAGCAUUUGCAAACAUAAGCCUCUCAAGAAAUACAGUUGCAGAAAGAAUUGGUGAAUUAUCAGAGAAUAUUAACAGUCAACUCAAAGACAAAGUUAAGUCCUUUACUGCAUUUUCAGUUCCAAUUGAUGAAAGUACCGAUGUCAGUGAUGUAGUACAACUUGCAGUUUUUAUACGUGGUGUGGAUGAAAAUAUGCAGGUAACAGAAGAAUUUGUGAAACUGGAACCAAUGAAAGGAACAACAACAAGUGAUGACAUCUUUGUGGGUUUGGUAGGGGCACUGGAUAAAUUAGGUGUUGACUGGGCACAAACUGUGAGUCUGGCUACAGAUGGAGCACCGCAAAUGAGAAGAACCAGUAGCUGCAAACAGGACUUGCUCAGAGAGACUGACUACCAGUUGAAGCUCCUGGUGAAUUUUGUUGAAGAAAAUGAGCCUCACCUGGUGAUGCUCAUGAAUAGAUCUUGCAAGCGACAAGCGGAGCAGGAGUGGGCCCUUCGUGCCAUGUUCGCUGUCCGGCUGACAGCUUACAGCGAAUGA